GGUGGGGGACCGCCGAUAGAAUGUGCUGAGGCGGUAACUCGCGCGCAAAAAAUUUUUGUAAUCUAAGCAAUUUUUUAAUCAACACAAAUGCCUAACAUGCCCAAGUAUAUUUCUUCUUGCCUUAAAAGAAAAUGAGUUUCCAAUUGCACGAAAUGGAAAAUGUGCCAACGCCGGUGGAGGAGAGUAGGUCUGGUGGCCUGGAUGGGCGGAUCCAACGCCUGGAGGAAGUAGUCCACGCGAUGAGCUCUGAGGUCAGCAAAAUGAGUACGGAUAUGGCGGAGUUGAAGUCCGUGAACUCGGCCAUUCUCGACUCGAAAAUGGCACCAGUAGAGCCAAUCCUAAAGGCCGACUUCCCCAUCCGGUCGAUAGACCAUUUAAAGGAGGUGGACGAAAAGAUUUACGGGAAAAUGGAAAAACACGUACCGCUCUUUAAAUCCAUUUUGGGGAAUAAUUUAAUAAAAAACUUGGACCAAAUAAUAAGCCCUGAAGUAAUCAUGCAAUUAAAUUACAGUGGGUCUAGACAUAAAUAUGGACUUGCAAAUUUCCAAAACUUAAAUUGCAAGAAUCACUAAAACGGGAAGGAUAUUCCUUAUUGGAAUAUAUAAAAGACGUCCGGUUGGCCUUUAUGCGCCAAAAAAAUAAAAUAUAUAAGGGGAGAAGCGCAUUAAAGAAGGCCCGCCAGGAGCCGAACCGUACGAUUCUGACUCUGAAUAAGAAUAAAUAAAUAAAAAUAUGAAAUUGAAA